AAUAUUGAUUGUCAUUGUUCAAUCCCAUGGACCACGGAUGCGAAUCGUGACUUUCAAAUUCUUUAUUUUACGAAAUUGGUUUAAAUUCCCAUUAGUUAUUUGAGCUAAGUGAUAUUUACCUGAUAUAAAGAUGCCGAAGGUUUCUGUUAAAGUGAAAUGGGGCAAAGAGACAUAUCCAGGUGUGGAGGUGAACACAGACGACGACCCUGUAUUGUUCAAAGCACAGAUAUUUGCUUUGACCGGGGUGCAGCCUGAGAGGCAAAAGGUGGUCUGCAAAGGCAUCACUUUGAAAGAUGACGAUUGGGGAAAUUUCAAAUUGACAAAUAAUGCAUUGGUGCUAGUGAUGGGGAGCAAGGAGGAGGAUGUGCCAACAGCCCCAAUUGAGAAAACCAAGUUUGUGGAGGAUAUGAAUGAAUCUGAGCUUGCUAGUGCUCUGGAUCUUCCCGAAGGACUAAUUAAUUUAGGCAACACUUGCUACAUGAAUGCUACAGUGCAAUGUUUGAAGACUGUGCCUGAAUUGAAGAAUGCUCUCCUUAAUUAUGACAAAUCGUCCGGCGGCGGCACAGCGGGCGACCUGACGUCGGCGCUGAGCGACACAAUGUCAGCGCUGGAGAGGGGCGGGGCGGGGCUGUGCGCGGGCGCAGCGACGCGACUGCUGCGUGCGCUGCACAGCACAGCGCCGCGCUUCGCGGAGCGCGGGCCGGGCGGCGGGCUGGCGCAGCAGGACGCCAGCGAGUGCUGGACCGAGAUCGUGCGCGCGCUGCAGCAGCGGCUGCCCGUCGCGCCCCAAGUCGCCGCUGAUGCCACCAGAACGUCAGUGAUUGAGCAGUACUUCGGAGGCACGCUGGACGUGGAGCUGGUGUGCUCGGAGGCGGACGAGGCGCCCUCGCGCAGCAAGGAGACCUUCCUGCAGCUGUCCUGCUUCAUCUCGCAGGACGUCAAGUAUCUGCAGUCCGGGCUCAGAUCUAAAAUGUCAGAGCAAAUCACAAAAUUGUCACAAACACUAGGAAGAGAUGCUGUUUAUACAAAAACGAGCAAAAUCAGCCGGCUGCCGGCGUACCUGACGGUGCAGUUCGUGCGGUUCUACUACAAGGAGAAGGAGUCCAUCAACGCCAAGAUCCUGAAGGACGUGAAGUUCCCGCUGGAGCUGGACGUGUUCGAGCUGUGCUCCGCCGAGCUGCAGGAGCGGCUGGCGCCCAUGAGGGCCAAGUUCAAGGAAGUAGACGAUGCGUCAGUGGAGUCGUCUCUGUCUGCGCGCAACAAGAACCACGGCGACAGCAAAAAGGAGAAGGGAACGAAAACGGUCGUGCCAUACUGGUUUGACGAUGACGUUGGUAGUAACAACAGCGGCUACUAUCGGCUUCAAGCGGUGCUGACCCACCGCGGCCGGUCAUCGUCGUCGGGACACUACGUGGCGUGGGUCGCGCGCGGGGACAACUGGCUCAGGUGCGACGACGACACUGUCACCCCCGUCACCGAGGAGGAAGUGCUCAAGCUCAGCGGUGGAGGCGACUGGCACUGCGCGUACCUGCUGCUGUACGGGCCGCGCGUGCUGGAGCUGGCGGCGUCCGCGCGCGCGUAGCCGACCACCAUCCUGAGUGAAUACUAACGCUAUUUACAUUUACAUCUGUGGGCGAAGUGCGGGUUUGCGUUUCACUUCUCACCAUCGAAUCGAUUCGAAGUGAGACGCAGCGAACCGAUUACAUUACGGUGUGGUUGUUGUUGCGUCACAAUGGCGCGCUGUGUUUGGUUCGCUGAGUCUCACUGCGAAUCGACUCGAUGGUGAGAUGUAUAAUAACGAAGUCGCACUAAGCACGCUGUUUUCAAUAAUGACCGAUCGAAAUUGUGUAAAUGUGAGUUUCGGCAGAAACUCACAUACAACAACAUGUUUUCACAUCCAUUUUUUUUACAAAGUAAAAUAUGUGUAUACUUUUUUCACUUUAGAGAUCUAUAGAGAGACUAGCUUUCGUCUGCGGGAAUUUCCAACGAGAAAAGUUUUUUUUCGGUAUGAAAGACACCCUAUGUUCUUCUCAAUAUUUAAAACUAUUCAAACAAACAUAUUUUCGCAUUUAUAUUAUUAAUUAGAAUAAAAGCUAGUUUCGACGGGCUUCAAAUUUCAUCCGAAAACAUUACUAUGACCGAAACAAACUUAUUUAUGCCGGAACCAAAUAUUCGGUCAAACACUAAUUUUCAUUGCAUUUGUCAAUCAUCAUAGGUUUAAAGUACUAUUUCACCACCAUGAGUCCCCCAAUCUUAUCCUAAGAUCAACAUGUCGAAGGAUAUGCCAUAGUCAAAGUAAUCUUAAAAUAAGGCAGAUAAAAGCCUAUUGGAGAAAAAUUAAAAAAAUCUUUUACGCCAUCGGUCACGUUUAGCCUUUUAUUAUCAAAUUCGAGUUCUAAUAAUUUGGUUUCAGGGUGAUAUUUGAUCAAAUACAUUGCUUCUAAAGAUACUACCCUACCGGGGCAGGCGCCACGUAGUAGGAGGCAAACGAUAAAAACAAUUUAAUUGAAUAAUGUUUUGUACCAUUUAUGGUAAACUAGCGGCCAAAAGACUAUUACUAUAACUAGCGCCAUCUGGUAGUUGGAAGUCCCAAUCCUUUGUGAAUAUAUAAAAACAUGACUAUAUAUUGAAGUAGAAAUUCACUAUUUUCAUAUUUAUUACAGAGAAAAUAUGACUGUAAUAGUUUUGUAUGUACAAUACGUUUUUGUCCACUCACGGCGGCGAAUAUGCGCAAUUGUGUUCCGAAUCCCGCUGUACUUGCUGCUUUGUAUCAAGAUCAAGUUACUCGAUUUGCGCAGUGUGAAUUUUCAAUUUGAACUCUAUAGCGUUUACAUUUUGCAGCCGAACGCAGCCAACCACAUGUUGUCGUCAUGUCUCAACGCCACACUCUGAUUGGCUGGGCGUGUAUGUGUCAGGAUUUUUUUCUUAUCGAGUGUGUUAUUGCUAACACUAGUAGCAGAUUUUAUUCAAGGCGUCUAAAGGCGUCGGACAUGAGUUUUACUACUACAGGUUGUUUACGAAAAAUAAACGCGAACGAAUUCGAAUUGAAAGUUCCGACUAUUUUUUUUUUUCAUUUUAUUAACACUUCGCUGGUUUCCAGGUAGUGUUCCUGUAUCUUAAUUAUUUUAUAGCUCAAGAAAAUAAUGCUUUUAUUGAAAGAUGCACAAACGUUUAGUUUAUUUAAUCAUUUUUGUUGCGAUUUAAAUUCGAAUUAUGUAUUGUAAAACUAAUAUAGGUAUCUAUAAUAUGAAAUAGAACAAUUAAUUUAUAUUUUAUACACUUGAUAUGUACCAGCAGAUCUUCGUUACAUAGCUAAAUAUUUACAAAAUAAUGUUUCACACACAAGUGCAUUUAAAGCAAGUGUAGUGGGCGAUAGUUAUUGGUUAUUUAUUAUUGUAAAUUGGCAUCGGUUGUUGCUGUUGUUUGAUUUAAGAUCUAACGCGCAGUAUGUAUUGUUUUCGCGUGAUUCUAAUGAAAAAAAAAUCAUAUCACUUUAGCUCAUUUAAUUUUAUUAUUAUAAGUUAGUGUGUCUAACUUAUACUGACACGUGUCUUAUAGUAUAUUGUUAUGUUGCAGAACAUAAGAAUCGCGCGGGAAAAUAUAAAAAUAGUGCGCGCUAGUACCUUCUCAAUUUGUCCUUUAAGUUCUUACAGAUGUAUUGAAUUUUAUAAGACUAAUUAUAUGAAUGAUCGAUAAAUAAAUUGGAUUAUAAAUUUAAA